AUGGCUUCUCAGUUAAACAAAGCUCUGCAAUUCUUAUCGAUUGAAGAGGAGGAAGAACCAUGUGUGCUUCCAGAUAGGCCAGAAUUUUAUGCAACAGAGAGAAAUGAGCUUAGCUUGGUUGGGAGGCUUCUCAACCCUAAAGUUCAAAGGAUGGCGGAUUUGAUCUUGGAUAUACCAAGGAAAUGGCAGCUGUAUGAUAGAGUCAGGGGGGUAGCCUUAUCUCAGGAACGAUUUCAGUUCAUAUUCAAAUAUGAACAUGAUCUUCUUGCUAUCGUCAAGAGAGGGCCGCACACCUUCAAAGACUGGUCUAUUGUUCUCGAAAGAUGGAUGGAGAAACCACCGGAGGAUUACCUUCAGUAUCUAAUGGUGUGGGUUCAGAUGAGAAAUAUCCCAGUGAACCAUUAUACUAAAGGAACGAUUGAGUACUUGGGUGAGUUCGCAGGUCAUGUGGAGGAAGUGGCGUUCGAUCCAGAGAAAGCUCAAACCAAAGACUAUGUGCGUGUUUGGGUUAAGUUUGAUGUCUCUAAGCCUUUGAGGAGGGCGAAGAAGCUGACUCUGCCAGGAGGUGAAGUGGUCAACAUUCGAUAUGAAUACGAGCGCAUCCAGAAGAGAUGUUACACAUGUCAGCGAUUGACUCAUGACCAGGAGCGAUGUCCCUUCGUUAGGACGCAAAAGGGUGUGGGAGAGAAAAGUGUUGGUUCAUCAGCAGAGAGCAAGAAUGCAGAGGCGCUAGAGGGCCUUGAUGAAUCAGACCCUUUGUUUGGGGUGAUACCGCAGACUCACUUGGGUAUGGACCCUAUCUCUGGAAGAUCGAAGAUUGCUAAGGAGGUACUGCAGGGUAUGCGCCAAUACUUACUGGCAGCAGAGGGUCCAGAGAAGAUGGCGAGAGAAGACAGGGUCAUAAACUCUCUACAGGCCUUGGAGAAUGAUCCGCUGGGACAAAAAACAUUUCUUAGAUUGGAACCAGCUCCAAUGGUUUCAACGGACUUAGAUAAAGGCAAAGGAGUGGUUUUUGAUUUCAGUGAAAGGAUGGACACUACUCAACGGCCUGAAAAACUGAUGGUUUCUGCAAUCUCAGCGGGGGCAAGGAUCUUACAAUCGUGGAAGGUUCUUUCGAUUCCGACGACAGCUGAUGAAAAAAGGACUGGAGUUCCUUCGUUGGUGACUCGAAUUUUAAACUCUGGAAAAGUGAUUUCUGAAUCAAGCUCUCCCCCAGAGGCCGUGGGGUCUACUCAAUCAAGCUUUCUUCCUGAGGGUUCAACGGGUUAUAGUGUAGGGUUCUUUGAAUCUAGCACUUCCUGGACCACUAUAAAGAAGCCUAGAAUCAGAAGAAGACCAGGAACUUUCAAAAGGAAAAACAAUGGGAAAGGUAUUGCAAGGAAUCAGGCUACGGUUUGGAAGAAGAUAGGCGACAGUGUGGUGUCUGAAAACAAAAGGAAAGCUCAUGAAGAUGUCGAGCCAUCUAAAAGCUCUGCAAGGUUUAAGAAACCAUUGGUGGUCCCGAAUGAGGGACCGUCCAAUAUCUAA